CAGAGUAACGUUAAAGCAUUCCAAUUGAGGCCCCUCAAGAAGAAGGAGCUGCUAGAUAAGCUGGAGGAUUACAAAAAGGAGCUGAGCGGCUUACGCAUUAGCAAAGCCAUAGGGAACUCCGCAAAGAACUCCAAAAUAUGCAGCGUUAGAAAGAACAUCGCUCGAGUCCUAACGGUCUACAACCAGAAAAAAAAAAUGGAACUGAGAAAAAAAUACAAAAAUAAAAAAUUCAAGCCUUACAACUUGAGAAAAAAAUUAACCAAAGCGAAGAGACUGCAGUUAACCCCAAAGCAGAAGGCCGCCAUGACAUUAAGAACGCAAAAGAAAGUGGAAAACUUCCCGAAGAGAAAGUACCUCCUAGUCCAUAAGGCAUAA